AACCACACUCGGCAAAAAACAUCUAGAAUUAUUUCCUGUUAUUUGCAGCUCCGAUUCGAUGGCAACCAAUCCUAAGGUCUUCUUCGACAUGGCGAUCGGCGGUCAGCCGGCCGGUAGGAUCGUCAUGGAGCUUUACGCUGACACCACCCCUAAGACUGCGGAGAACUUCCGUGCUCUCUGCACCGGCGAGAAGGGCGUCGGCCGCAUGGGCAAGCCCCUGCACUACAAGGGCUCUUCCUUCCACCGUGUGAUCCCGGGAUUCAUGUGCCAGGGUGGAGACUUCACCGCCGGAAACGGCACCGGAGGCGAAUCCAUUUACGGUGCGAAGUUCGCCGAUGAGAACUUCCAGAAGAAGCACGUGGGCCCUGGAAUCCUCUCCAUGGCUAAUGCUGGACCCAACACCAACGGAUCUCAGUUCUUCAUCUGUACCGCCGAGACUUCAUGGCUCGAUGGGAAGCACGUCGUGUUCGGUAGGGUCGUUGAAGGGAUGGACGUAGUGAAAGCUGCUGAGAAGGUCGGAUCGGGAUCUGGAAAGACCUCGAAGCCUGUUGUGGUCGCCGAUUGCGGUCAACUCUCUUAGAUCGUGCUCUUCAUCGGUGAUUAUGGAGACUUAGAUCUGCCUAGUAGUUUGAAUUUGGGUCUAGUGUCGUUGUCUUUACCUUGAUCUGUGUUUUUUCUUCUUAUCGGGAGUGAUCUCUGAGACUUUUUUACGUGUUGGAGUAAACUGCCAUAAAUAAGUUAGGGUUUGGUUAAUGUCUGUUAUCGUUUUCGAUCGGCUGUUUCUUGGAUUUAACAGUGGUUUUAUCUGGACUGAUGAAUAGUGGAUGUGGUAUUAUCUGAUGCAUAUAAACUACUGUGCUUUAUCUAUCGUGUUUUGGUGGA